ACUAGGUAUAGAUCUAGAAUUUUGCAAAUGGAAGACUGGUCCUAUUUGGAUUCGACGAACAUUUUGGAUGACUUUUUUUGCCAUUUUUCAGAUCAAAUGAUGUAGCAAGAUAUUUUCCACAAUGGCAGACCGUUUAGAGGAGGCAGAGAUGCUUACCUGUACUCUCUGCCAUGGACUGUGUGGGACCAACCACUCUCUGGAACACUGGAUCCUGAUGUCCACUGUUAGGAACGUACUCAUAGAGUAUAUCCCAGACAGAGCAGAGGAAUUUAAAAAUUCUUCGAAUGGCUUCAUCUGUGACAGGUGCUACAAUGCCAUGAACACUCUUGUGAAGAAAAAACAGGAAGUGACAGAAGCAGAAAAUUAUGUACAAUUUUUGGCGAUGUCAACACCAAUAAAGGUCCCAACAGAAGAGAAGGAGUUGGGCACAGAAGCUGGUAUCAUCACAUUGCCUGGGAAAAUACCUAGUACUCCUGUCAACGCAUUUCGACAGGAAAAAGGUACUGAGGUAGGAACCAAGGACCAAAGACCCUCAAACAUCACUCAACAGUUUGUGACCCAGACAAGAUCGGGAAGAAAAUAUGCCAAGAGAAAAUUAGGAAAUUCAAAAAAUGACAUACCAGAAAAAGCAUCAAGAAAAUUUGAAAAUGAUUCAAAUUCAAAACAGUUGCUAGGGAGAGGCAGAGGGAGGCCAAAAUCACUGCCUACUGGAACUUCAAAGAUUGAAAUUCAAAACAUUGAAAGUUCCAUAAAGAAUGAAAGUGUUAGCCAACGACAAGGGAGAGGACGAGGAAGGCCAAGAAAAUCUUCUGGAACUCAAUCUUCUGAAUCAUCUAAAAAUGUUGAGGCUGAUGAAGGGGCAAAGCAAAAAAGGGGCAGAGGUAGGCCAAGGAAAUUGUCUACAGGCAACCUGUCAACUGAAACAUCAAAAAGUCAAGUAGUUUUAAGCAGAAGACAGGCAAAAGGAAACUCAUCGACUGAACUUAAAAAAACAAAUACAUCCAUAUCAAUAAAAGAUGUGACAUGUAUCGGACAGCAGAAAAAUCAAAGUGGAGACAUACCAAAAGGAAGGACCACAGAAACAUCUGUGGACAAACAGAGUGUAUCAAAAUCACUUAAGAAGAUCGUUGUUAUUGGAAGUUGUGGAGCUGGAACAGAGAUACUUCAGAAAUCCUGUGAAGGUGUUGAUGGAACAGAUAUCAUUGUUGGUGGUGGUGGUGGUGGUGGUGGUAAGAAGCAACCACCGAUGCAAAGGGAAGCAUCCACAAACACUGACCCCAAUGAACUUGGGCUGGAUUCUGACUCUGAUGAAGAAGGGGAAAUUACCUUUGACCAGUCUUAUCAUAUUGGAAAUCAAAAAGUAUCAGAAAAAGAAAAGACAACAAAUAUCCUUGUUUCCUGCAGGAAGGACAUUGACCAAAUUUCUGAAAAUGAUGCAGAUGAUAAGGACGGUCGAACAGUCAUGAGUACUUCUGAUAAACUUGAGAGCAGAAAAGACAGAUUUGCAGAUGGUUAUGAUGAUGAUAAUGAAGAAUUUCUUGAUGAGGAUGAACAUUUUGACAAUGAGGAUGAUGAAGAAGCUACAACGUCUCCCAGACCUGGUUCUCGAACCAGACAUGAAGAUGGCGUUAAAAAGAAAACAAAUGUGACCACACAAAGGAUGACAACAAGAAUUAGAUCAGGAACCUUAGCCAAAAAAACUGUAUUAAUUAGCAGAAAAUACGGUUCAAGAAAAGACAGAAUCAUAACUGGAGGACAAUCCUUGUUAACAGGUAAAAAGGUUUUACUUGUACGCUCCAGCAAAGAUCGGAACACCAACAGUAAACAAAAGAAAGUGGUGUUUCUGAAAGCUAGUGAUGUAAAAGCUCAACAAUUACAGGCCAAAGCAAAGGAAAGUAAAAGGCAGUCUGUCAAGGGAAGGAACAUGAAGCUUCUUCAUUUUAAAGGUACGGAUGGAGACAAGUGUGUCAUACCUCCUCCAAAAGUCAAACGGAUUAGGAAUAGAAGUAAGAAGGGCAAAUCUAAUGAAAUAAUUGUCAAGCCAGGGAUAUGGACUUGUAAAGAAUGUAAGGAAGUGAAAUACACAGAAAGUGAGAUGCAGAUCCACAUUACAACGGAACACAAAAUUAAAGAUGCAGACCAAAUUGAACAGUGUAUGGCGAAAAGAGUUAUUAAGUUUGUGACACAGAAAAAUGUGAAGACGACCACUAAAAUGGGUCUGCAUGAUUAUUUCAAGACCAGGGAAGAAGUAUCAUAUACUUGUACGAUUUGUAAUAUGCAAAUUAGUAGAGAAAACAAUGCUGUAACGCACGUUCGUAUGACACAUGAAAAAACCAAAACAGAUGCUCUCAACUACAUCAAGAAAGACCUAAAAUUGGUGGAAUCGAACGAAGAUUACUGGCUAUCGAAUAGUGAUGUGAACAGGACAGGAAAUGCAAAAAAAACGAAAAAGACUGACGAACAGAUUCAAGGAGAGAGACUAAAACGGCGUAGGAUGAUGAGGUACGUAAAACAGCACUUCCUGACUAAAGUACAGAAAUGGAAAUGCAAAAUUUGCGAGGUUGUCUACGUCUCGCAUUCUGCUGUGAGGAGACACAUUGUCAAGCAACACAUUGUGGCUGACUGUGACAUCAAAGCAAACAUAAUUCGUAUCCUAGUAGAUCGUGAGACAGAAACUAUAACGAGGCCAGGGGAUGAAAAUGAAGAUGCAAAUGACAGAGAGGCUGGAGACAUUGUGAGACCUACACAGGAAGAAGGAUCAGACACCGUAAAAUCCGUAGAGUCUUUGGGCUCAAAGAACUGUGAGGUCACAGGGAUGGAGCUUUCAAAGAAGGGAGCUAUUUCUGGCCGUGGGAGAUUCAAACAUGGACACAACAAACCCUGGAGGUGUGGAUUGUGCCCCGUUUCCUACUUUCAUAAGUGUGAUGUUCACAGACAUUUGAUUCUAAAACAUGGAUUAGCACGCGAGGAUGCCAAGUCCUAUGUAAUUCAAGAGAAAUGGCAAGAAGAAUUAAACAAAAAAUUCUUUGCUACCAAAGUUGAGGUUUACACCAUUAAUGACGAAGACAAGGAUGACAUUGAGAUUCCGACUGAGACGGAGGAUGAAGAAGAAUUAGACCCUUACAACGAAACACAAAAACUCUGGAAGUGUAUCAAAUGUGGGAAGAAAGUUCCUACUAAAAAGGCUGCAUUACGGCAUAUGCGCUUCCCUCAUGAGAUUUAUGGACCAUGGGCAAGGUAUCAUGUACGACAAAUUGCUCCUGAACAAGGGUCUAAGACACAGAAAAUUGAGGACGAAUUCCAUCUAGAUCGUGACCUGAUUUGUGUACUUUGUGGGCGAGACUACAUGAGCCAAGUGCAAGCCUCUCAACAUAUUAAGGAUUGCCAUCCUGAUGUAUCGGACACCAUGGUUUCUGAUGUACUUCUGAAAAAGUCUGACGGCUCAAAAAUGAUCGUGCUAUCCCUUCCUGAAGAGAUUACAAGAAGCUAUCACAUUGAUUCCAAGGGAAGAAUCAGGGAAGUUGAUCCAGAAAAGGUACCAAGUUUAAAACAGAAAAUCAGUGAGUGGGAUAAAAAGACAUUCAGCUUUUUUGAUAACGAAAAUGUAGAAUCAGAUGCAGAAAUCAUUGAUGACGAACAAGAAAUACCCUUGAUUAAUUCAUCAGAGGAACUGAACAUAACUCAUGCCAAUAUCUAUUUCCUGAACUGUGAAAAUUACCGCCAUGAGGAAGGAAAUGCUAUUUCACAGGACAAGAAACCGUGGGAAUGUAACAGAUGUCGGAAGGGGAUGGCAAAUAAACUGAUUGGAGUUCAGCAUGUGGCCCAUGUGCAUGACAUCAAUGGCCCAUGGGCCCGGCACUUCUUACGCAAAAAUGACGAAUGGGAGGGGCUAUCAGAGGGAACCAUUCGUCCAGAGCGUGAUUGGCUUUGUGUGUUUUGUGGGCGACACUACAAGACGAUGGCAGAGGCGCGCAGACAUGUCAAAGGAUGGCACCCCGCACUUACGGAAACGAUGCAAGAGAGCUUGGUGCUUCAGAAAAGUGGUGGGUGCAAAGGUAUUAUCCUAACUACAGGUGAAGAUGAGAAGUUGACCUUUGUCAUUGACAGUUUCGGAAGAAUGAAAGAAGUGGAUACAAAAUUAACAGACUUUGAGGAUUUUGGAAGGAGAUACUCAUUCAAUUGUCGACAAGAAGAUAGCGUUACAGACAUGGAUGAGGAGUUUGACCCUCAAUUUGUCGAUACAGAUCCAAGUUACUUCAGGCACCUGGAUCAAAUAGGAUGCACAGGAUCGCCAUCCAGUACAGCAAAAAAAUCUCAGAAGAUGGUCUCUUUGCUAAAAUCUAAAAUUGCUUUGAGUAACAAAGCUGGGGAACCAACAUGUCAGGAAAAUAUAAUGGACGUAGCGGCUGGUUCUCAAUCAAAUACAGACUCCUUAGAUACUGAACAUCCUGUGGCCACCUCAAGGGAACAGAAAAUACAUGUCUAUAAGUGUUCAAAUCCAAUUUCUCAAAAGAAAGAAUAUGUCUGCAAGACCUGCCCUCUGGUGUUCAGUAACUAUAAACACGCCUCAUAUCAUAGACUCUAUCAUCGUCAAGCUGUAAGAUGGCGUUGUCGAAGAUGUGGUGAGGCGUUCUACUACAUCAGUCACCUAUCGGAGCACAUCAACAAGGUACAUGAUAAAAGCAUGCUAAGCAUUGUUGUUGAUAUGGACGAAAUACAGGACGACAAACCUUACCCCAUUGUCGUGUCUGUAACGGACAGAAAUCUAAAGGAGUCUGCUGCAGGAGAACAAGCUGCAAAUGAAAAUUUGUCAGAAAAUAGAGUGACUGAUAACAAAGCAGUUAUGAACAAUGACUCGACUAUACCUUGUGCAGAAAUUAAAGGGAAAGAAAUGACAAGUGGAAUGGAAGUGUUGGCACAGGCAGCUACAUCUUCCACAGCCAACAAAAUAGAAAACCAAUUGCAAGUUAUGUCAGAAAACCAAGUCAUUGAAGGAGGUGCACGCAUCGAUGAUGAAAGACAUGAAACCGACCAAGAACAAGAGAAGAAAGGCCAUAUUGAGUUGACCGACUCUGAUGGGCAUGAAGAAGUAGGAGAGAGUGAUACACUCGAUUUUGAAAGUGGAAACUCAAAUCGGAGUAAGACGAGGAAAGGAAAGAUUUCAUGUGAGGUAUGUGGCCUGUUCGUACCGGUUGAAAAAAUGCGGAGUCACAUGACUCUAUUUCAUGGCGUCAAGGUAUAUCGAUGUACAGAGUGUCACCAGGAUUUCAUCACACUGACAGAUUUUCAAAGUCACUUAUCAGAUGCUCAUGAGGGACAAGUUUACGAUGACAAAAGAGUCCAUCCUUGCAUCAUCUGUAACACUGUCUGGCGAAAUAGACCCGACCUCCUCAGCCACCUGGACAGACACAAGUCUCAUGGCUGUCGCUGUUCAAUCUGCGGAACGGUAUUUGACAAUAUGAACGGACUGAAGAGUCACAUGUCCGUACACAGCUCUUCGUAUUCAAAGGGCAACGAUAGUCACGAGUGUUUAAUUUGCGGGAGAAAUAUCGUCACUAUGAAAAACUUUCUAAGGCAUACACGAAACCAUUAUGAUGAGCAUCAUAAAGUAUUGCAAUGUGAAAUCUGCAAGAAGUUUUUGAAAACCAGGUCAUGUUUGGCUGAUCAUAUGAAAAAUCACAACCAGGAAGAAAUGCUUUGUCCAUAUUGCGCAAAGCAAUUCACCUCUCGGAUCAACUACAAUAGACAUAUAAAAUAUCAUGAAAAUCCGGAACUGUUUUCAUGUAAACAGUGUGGCCUACAGUUAAGUACCCUGACUGGAUUACGGCGCCAUCAAAAGUUCCAUCAUACAGCUGGACAGGGCAAAACUGUAUGUCACAUUUGCGGAAAAAGCCUGCGGCAUCUAAAGUGGCACCUCCGGAACGCACACAGUGAUGAAAAUCGGAAAUCAAAACGGCCACCGAAGAAAAGUCGUAAGUGUGACUUUUGUGGCAAGGUUUUCAAGCUUCCUCACAUGAUGGAGAGACACAGGGUUGUACACACAGGAGAGAAACCAUUUCAGUGCGAGUACUGUAACAAAACGUUUAGCUUUAGAACGUCGUACAAGGCGCAUCUCAACACCCACCCUGAACAUAAACCACACAAGUGUACCGUGUGUGGGAUACAGUUCCAGUUGGAGAAGGACUUCAUAAAUCAUCGAGCUAACUGUCGAAACGGGAAGGAUGAAAAGGAGUUCCCGUUUCAGUGUGACGUCUGCCAACGCGUGUUUAGGUCAACAAGGUCACUAAGGACACACUUGGAUAGGAAACACCAAACGGAGAAACACAACAAGCUCCCAGGAAGUAUGCGCCAUUACUGUCAAAUAUGUCAGAAAGGCUUUUUCUACAAGGACACCCUUAACAGGCAUAUGUAUUCGGCCCAUAGAGAUAGAAAUGAUGAGAGCGUUGCAGAUGAUAACGUUAUUAUUGAGGAGACCAAUGCGCCACAUGGCGAUAACGAGAAUAUUCCGCAUUCCAUGUAUAAAUGUGACAUUUGUGGAGAAGUGUUUAAUCUACUACAGCAGCUCAAUGAACAUGUGGACACACACCAGUCCAACCCUGUGGGAGGUAUAAACAUCAAAGUAUUUACGAAUGAACAAGACGCGGUCGAUGACAACGACCUGGAAGGUUCAAGUGUCAUUACCCUAGAACAUGAGCAGGCAGCACAGCUUCUCAGUCACCUACAACUUCAAAUGGGGGAGGGAGAGGAAUUUGUGAAUGUCAUCAUUCCUAUGACAAAGUAAUAUUUACAAUAUUAGAUGCAUAGUCGGCAUUGGAAGGUAUACAAUUCAGCUUCGAUAAAUUCAUUUUUUUUACAAAAUAUGGACAAUGUUUUUCCUUCCUGGAAAUAAUUAUAACAGCAAUAAGCAUCAACUUUUGUUAUUAAUUUUACUAAAACCAAACCAGGGUGUACAAUUUAUAUAAUUGGAGUCACAGGGAACUGAUAAAUUGUUACAGCUAUAUUUGGAGUCCAGAGUAGUUUUACACAUUUUGGGAGUUGAUCUAAAGUGUAAGCCCCUAAAACAAGCAAAAUUACUCCGAGGACACCUUGGUUUAGGCCCAGAUAUAGCUGUAAAAAACUAUCAGGUCCCUGUGAUUUGAAUAACUGUGUUUAUGAUUAAACAACAGUUUUCAUAAUGUUUCAGUAUGUUAAUAUCACUAACUGUAAAAUCAAAAUUCACAGUGAAGGCAACAUUAUAGUGGUGUUUUCCUUUGACCUAUUAUUCACAGUUUAUUGGUUCAUUAUUGUUUCCUGAUUUAAUGUGUUCACCUUGCCACAUAAAAAACAAAUGUGAAAAUCACACUGUUGUAAAUAAUUAUGCAAUUUGUUAAGACUUCAAACAUCAAAGUGCAUUAAUUGUUUAAAAAACAAUUAGCAUUGUACUUUUUAUCUUGGGGCAUUUCUUAUAUACUACAAUGUACCUUGUAUGUCACACUGAAUUCCCAAACUUGUAUGUAAUAUUGAAAUAUCUUGCCUUAAUAUAAUUUUUAAUUCAUAUUGUUGACCCAAGUAGUCUUGGGCUGAAACCCAUCUCAUGUACACUGGAGUCCACAUACAUAGUGACCUGGGUACUGUAUGGGAUAAUCUUCUUUUCCUCUUUCAUAAGUCAAACCCACUAAAGUAAAAUUCCCUAUUACCUGCAGACAGUAUUGACUAGAUGGUUCACUAACACUGUGUCAAUAGAUAUAAUCCAUGAAAAAAACUCAUCUUCAAGUCUAGUUGUAUACGAUAUAUUGCUUGUAAAAGCAAGGUUUAAAGAAAAUCAUGCUCAGAACCCAGGUCUCUACAUAAGGCCAAAGGUUACCAAGGUUUUCCGGGGCUACAGCUGAUUUAGUUAUGGAUACCCAUAUAUACCACUGCCAGAAACUGUGGCACAACAUUGGGAACGUUUUUUUCGGGCUAUGACUACAGCUUUGAUAAAUAAUUUCCGAAAAAAGAGGUAACCAGACCUUGUUGGACUUUGUUGGGGGAAAAUUCAUUAAUUUCUGAGUGAAAAAUUUCAGCCGGACUAGAUUGGGAUUCGAACCCUAGACUACAGAUUGUUAUAUUAUUGCUCUAACCUAUAGAGCUACCACCUGGACAGCGACAGUGUCCAGGCUCAUCUGUGCUACAAUUAUUUCUAAAACCAAAUUAAGGGGAGGUCACUGUAUAUAAUAUAAAAACACAGUGUAGUGGGAUGAGGAUCCUUAAAAGAGAAUUCUGGGCUGUUGUUUACAGAUUGUGCAUGUAUACUCUAGGGACUUGUAAUUCAAGGUCAUUAGAACAGCAAAUAUCAUGUUUAUCCCCAUCUUUGCUAGACAAGUGUUUGCUUAGUAUUCUCUAUAGUGUAUACGAAGCGAACACUUGCCUAGAAAAGAUGGUUUAUCCCUCGCAAAACCUCAACAUGACACUUGAAAAUUUAGUAUGGUUGUUUGCUUACAUAACUGGGUCAAGUUUUUGAAAAGGUGAUAAGGUUGAUCACUGUUUAACAACAUUUUUAAGUCUCUAAUAAUUGGGUCAGUAGACACUGUAAAAACUUGUAAUAUUUUGCAUGUAAUUUUACUCUUCUGAAAUAUUUGUUAUCUGGAAAAUUUAACUGUUAUUGCUUGUGUAUAUAAACAGUAAAAAUAUAAUUUACACUAAUCACUCACAUUAAGCUAAUCAACGUCUGAACAACUGGGCCGUGGUAUAUAACACAUGUAUUUCCAGCGUGAUACAACUAGUUUUGAGGCCUGUAGAAUAACUGUUGCUGGUGUUGAAUAAUUAUUGAACCUUAUCCCAUACUUUGGCUAUAGGUCCAAUAGCGUAAAUUCUUAUAUAAAUAUGUAUGUUAUGUUUGUUUUCCAAGUGAAUUUGUUCAUUGCGCUGUUGUUCAUUUCAGACAUGUUUCUAUAUUACAAAACUGUACAUGUAUAUAAAGAUAUUUAAUGCUUUUAAAUGAUUAUCAUUUGUAACUUUGGUGAUUAAAAAU